AUGCGACGACAUCUUCCGCACAAGGCCGUUCUACGGCGUGGACUUUCCGCACAGUCGUCCGUCCAUUCGCUGUCAAUACUAGGCUCUACUCGCAAUGCGAGGCCUACCCAUUAUCGCUUUCAAUCCCACGGUAUCCGAAGCCUCCAUACAUCUCUUGAGAAACCGCAUACAAAUUUGUAUACAUCCAAUGAUUUAAGGUCAAUAUAUACACCAGCAUACAGCCUACAAAAUGGAAUUCCCGCCGGCUAUUCAUCACCUUUCUCAAGCUCAGCUCUCCUCCAGAAGGAGUUGACCGACUGGGAAGACAACCCCGACCCCUCUAUUUCUGCCUUCUCGCAACUGCCAUCCAAAGACUUUGGUGUCAAUCAACAUAUGAUCAUCAAUGAAGAAUUUAAGGAGGCUCUUCGGCAAAUACUUUGGAAAUUCCGGGCCCCGAUACGAUAUGCCUUUGCCUAUGGUUCUGGGGUAUUCUCUCAGACAGCAACAGCAGGCUCAGAAUCAGAUCCGGGCCAUCCGUCUCCGCCGUCAGCCAUUCGGAAUGUUCAGCAGGGAAAAGGGAAGAUGAUCGACUUCAUAUUUGGCGUAUCACAUACACAGCAUUGGCAUUCUCUUAAUUUGCAAGAGCACCGCGAUCACUACUCUGCGCUCGGCUCUCUUGGAUCUUAUGCGGUAUCAGAGGUGCAGGACAAACUAGGAGCGGGGGUCUACUUCAACCCAUUUGUAACCGUAAACGGCACGUUGAUCAAAUAUGGCGUUGUUAAUAUCGACACACUAUGCAGGGAUCUCAGUCAGUGGGAUACCAUGUACCUUGCGGGGCGUUUGCAUAAGCCCGUGAAGAUCCUUCGCGACCACCCACGGGUGCGUGUAGCGAACCAGAUCAAUCUUCUCUCAGCAUUACGUGUUGCUCUUCUCCUAUUACCGGAGGACUUCACCGAGCAUCAGCUUUACACCACAAUUGCCGGGCUUAGCUACAUGGGUGACCCUCGAAUGACUGUCUCUGCUGAGGAUCCCGAUAAAGUGAAGAACAUUGUCACAGGUCAGAUGGACUAUUUCAGACGUUUGUACGCACCGUUGAUUGAAAACCUACCCAACUGUGUGUUCAACGAUUCUCGCUGCUCCCAAUCCGACUGGAUCGACGACCCCUCCGCGAAUGUCAAAUUGAGCCAAGACAUGGAUCCAGUGAAAAGAGGCAACAUGGUACGGCGGCUGCCCAAAUCCUUCAGAGAGAAAUUAUAUUUUCAGUAUCAGAGUCGUUAUCAGAUUCCACGGGCAGAGUUCCUUCGGAUGAUGGAGCAGACGAGCGAUGAAGACCCAGAACGAAUUCACCGGCGUCAGGGCGGCGCCUUUGAACAACGCAUCGCUGGUGACGAUAGCCUUAAAGAGGAGCUACAACAUACCAUCACCAAGACAAUUCGCUGGCCAGCCACCAUGCAAACUGUUAAGAGCGCAGUGACAGCUGGCGUUGGCAGGGCAUGGACAUAUGUUCGCGAAAAGCGAAAGAAACAUGCCAAUUCUAAAAAGGGCGCUUCUGAGCAAUCAUCAGAGCAGCCGCAAACAGCAGAGAGUUCUAAGAAAGAGUGA